CCCCCCCCCCUCCCCGAGCACGAUGCCGCGCAGGAAUGUGAAAGGCUCCCGCCCGCCGCCAUUUUCUUUCUUUCUUGGCAGGCAGCGAGUGGGGCAGGAAGCGGUGCCUGAGCGAGUAUGGCGGACUAUUCCACGGUGCCCCCUCCUGCUUCGGGCGCGCCUGGGGGAGGCGGCGGUGGAGGUGGAGGAGUGAACGAUGCCUUUAAAGACGCGCUGCAGAGGGCUAGGCAGAUUGCAGCAAAAAUUGGAGGAGAUGCUGGCACAUCAAUGAAUUCAAACGAUUACGGUUAUGGAGGACAAAAAAGACCUCUUGAGGAUGGAGAUGGCUCUUGGACAAGUCCGAGCAGUACAACACACUGGGAGGGAAUGCCCUCUCCUUUUAAAGAUCAACCAGAUGCUAAGAAAGUUGCUCCUCAGAAUGACUCUUUUGGAAAUCAGCUACCACCAAUGCAUCAACAACAAAGGUCUGUGAUGACAGAAGAGUACAAAGUUCCAGAUGGGAUGGUUGGAUUCAUAAUUGGCAGAGGUGGAGAGCAGAUCUCGCGCAUACAGCAAGAGUCUGGCUGUAAAAUACAGAUUGCACCUGAUAGUGGAGGCCUGCCUGAAAGAUCAUGUAUGCUAACUGGAACACCAGAGUCUGUUCAAUCGGCAAAAAGAUUACUUGAUCAGAUAGUUGAAAAGGGAAGACCUGCACCUGGCUUUCAUCAUAGUGAUGGACCUGGAAAUGCAGUCCAAGAAAUUAUGAUUCCAGCAAGUAAAGCAGGAUUAGUUAUUGGGAAAGGUGGAGAGACAAUUAAACAAUUACAGGAGCGGGCGGGUGUCAAAAUGGUCAUGAUUCAAGACGGUCCACAGAACACUGGUGCAGACAAGCCCCUUAGGAUAACCGGAGACCCUUAUAAAGUUCAACAAGCCAAGGAAAUGGUGCUGGAGUUAAUUCGUGAUCAAGGUGGCUUUAGAGAGGUGCGCAACGAAUAUGGGUCAAGAAUAGGAGGAAAUGAAGGGAUAGACGUUCCAAUACCGCGGUUUGCUGUAGGUAUUGUAAUUGGAAGAAAUGGAGAGAUGAUAAAAAAGAUACAGAAUGAUGCUGGUGUUAGGAUCCAGUUCAAGCCAGAUGAUGGAACAACUCCAGAUAGGAUAGCCCAAAUCACAGGGCCUCCUGACAGAUGUCAGCAUGCUGCAGAAAUUAUUACAGAUCUCCUUCGAAGUGUUCAGGCUGGUAACCCUGGUGGCCCAGGACCUGGUGGUCGAGGAAGGGGUAGAGGCCAAGGCAACUGGAACAUGGGUCCUCCUGGUGGAUUACAGGAAUUCAAUUUUAUUGUUCCCACUGGCAAAACUGGAUUAAUCAUUGGCAAAGGUGGUGAAACUAUUAAAAGUAUAAGCCAGCAGUCUGGUGCUAGAAUAGAACUUCAAAGAAAUCCUCCACCUAAUGCGGAUCCAAACAUGAAGAUGUUUACUAUCCGUGGAACACCACAGCAAAUAGAUUAUGCACGACAACUUAUAGAAGAAAAGAUUGGAGGUCCAGUAAAUCCAUUGGGUCCACCUGUUCCACAUGGACCCCAUGGUGUUGUUCCUGGCCCACAUGGACCUCCUGGGCCACCAGGUCCUGGUGCUCCCAUGGGACCAUAUAACCCAGCUCCUUACAAUCCAGGGCCUCCAGGCCCUGCACCUCAUGGUCCUCCAGCUCCAUAUGCUCCACAAGGAUGGGGAAAUGCUUACCCACACUGGCAGCCACCAAACCCACCAGAUCCAGGUAAGCCAGGAACAGAUCCCAAUUCAGCAGCGUGGGCAGCUUAUUAUGCUCACUACUAUCAGCAGCAAGCACAGCCACCACCUGCAGCCCCUCCUGGUGGACCAGCUACAACCCAAACUAAUGGACAAGGAGAUCAGCCAAAUCCAGCACCAGCAGGGCAGGUUGACUAUACCAAGGCCUGGGAAGAGUACUACAAAAAAAUGGGUCAAGCAGUUCCUGCCCCUGCUGGGGCUCCGCCGGGUGGUCAGCCAGAUUACAGUGCAGCAUGGGCUGAGUACUACAGGCAACAGGCAGCAUAUUAUGCCCAGACAAGUCCACAGGGAAUGCCACAACAUCCUCCAGCACCACAGUGCCUUCCCAGACCUUCCACCUUAGGUUCUGCUGCAAAAAAGCAACAGUGCUGAAGAUGCUGCAAGCACCAAAUCAUAGCUCAUAGAAUCAGGUCCUGAGAUAGUUACUACCAGUAAAGAGGAAUCCUUUGAGUGUAUGCCAUUGGUGAGCCGAUGAGCAUGGACCAUAGAAGGGCUCCAUGUAGAAGACAUUUAAUCAUCACUGAAGAAAGGGAACCGAUAUACUCUGAUCUCUUCACUAUUGCUUGUCUCCAGUAACACUUAUCUGCAGAGGAAAGCCUGUGGUUUGCAAACUGCAAUCAAGAACAAAAGACUGAACCAUCUUCAGAAGACAUCUUGGAUUUCCUUUGGAGUACAGAAGUUCAAAGUUGUAAUGGAUAUGUUUAUCAUAAGUAAAUAUGGGAACAAGAAAUAGUGUUCUGUUACUGCAGAAUGUCUUCAUAAAAACUGGUUACUGACACAUCUGAAGCACUAGUUAAGAAGAAAACAGACAACUAACUAUCUUCUUGAGGACUUACUACUUGAGAGAAACUUGGAAAUCCAUCAAUUUUAUGUUGAAAAGUGCCAAGAUCACUGGACUUGCAGGACUCUGAUACUGAGACAGCUAAUGGACACUUCUUUGCCAAUGCUUAUUCUGCACAUGUCCAAAGAGAAGAAGGAGACUUUGAGCCAAGCUCUGGCUGCCCUGGCUGGUGUGUUGCAAAACUCUUUUUCAGUGCUCAUGCUAGCAGAAAGGAAUGUGCUCUGCACCUCUGCCGCUCCACUCCAGUUUGAUGUGUGAGCCAGUGAGCUCAGGUUCCAUGAAGUUUGCAGUGCUCAGGCCAAAACCCCACGGCCUCCUGGAGAUGCUGCUUUGCCUUUAUACAGCUGGCAGGAGGAAAGAUGGCGCAUGGCUGGGGGAACCUACCUGGAUGUCAGAGAUGCAGCUGGAUCUCCCGCCUGGGUGAAUGCUCUUGCUUGAGUCCCAGCCAGGCUGGCACCUCUCUUCACCCAAUAUGGGAAUACAAAAUAAUGCUUUCCUUUCUCCUAGGGCUACUCUAGGAAAAACUACUGCUAAAAACUAUGAAAUGAGUUAGGUAAACCACAUACAUACCUUAGAGAAAGAAUUUAUAUCAUUUAAUUAUGGGCUGGAAAUGGCACUGCAUUUUUAACGAGAAAAGUGUUACAGAUUUUAAAUUAUUUUAAAUUAACUGUAUUUCUUAGGAUCCCAACAGAAAGGCACUUCAGGUUCAGGACAAGCCUUUUGCCUCCCCCCAUUUCUUUUUUAGAUUAUGAGAGAUUGUGGGGUGAAGGAAAUCACUGCUGUCAUUGUACUGUAGCAAUGCCCUGAGUCCCAGACAAGCCUAAGAAGUCAGUGUGCCAAACACGGUACAAACAAACAAACUCAAGGACUCAAAGUAAAAAGGCUGGAAAAGUAGCUUACUACAGGAGGGAACUUCUCACUUGUGGUUUAGAGGAACUGAAGUCAGGGCAUCUCAUGAUAUGGAAAGUCAAGUUCUUAAUAGUUCUUAGCCGUUACGUUCUCUGAUUCUCAGUAACAAAUAUCAUAAGCAUUGUAAUUUUUAUGUGGUGUUAAAAAUAAAGAUCAUUAAGA